ACUUUUCCAAAACUCGACCUUUAUAAAACGGGUUAUCGAAUUUAGGGUUCAUCGGUCAUAAUGGAGCAAGAAGCUCAAUCGUUCUUCGAUUCGGCCCCGCCUCUCCGAUGCCGCGACGAUGUGGUCGCGAGCGUGAAUCGCUUCUUGGAUAUCUGGAAGGCGGCAUCGGCCAUCGGCCAGACGAGGCGCAUUGCCAUUGUUACAUCCGGGGGCACGACCGUGCCCUUGGAGCGACGAUGCGUUAGGGUCAUUGACAAUUUCAGCUCGGGGAGUCGAGGAGCAGCCUCCACAGAGUACUUCCUUGCAAGUGACUAUGCUGUGAUUUUCCUUCAUCGGAGAGGAUCUAUGCAGCCAUUUUGCCGCUCGCUGCCGGAUAAUCCUAUACAAGAAUGUCUCGAGCCUGUGGAUGGAUCAAUCCGGGCACGAGAAAAAUGGUUUGAUGCUGUCACUCGGGCAGUCACAGGACAUCAUUCUGCGGUGCUCCAGAAGAAGCUCUUGAAGCUCGAGUUCACUACGCUCUUUGAGUACCUCCAAAUUUUAGAGAUUGUUGGAGCUGCCAUGAAACCAGUUGGCAGGCAUGCUAUGUUUUACUUUGCAGCCGCUGUCUCCGACUUCUACGUCCCCUGGAACUCCAUGAUGGAGCACAAGAUCCAGUCGGAUGACGGCUCGAUGACAAUGCAGCUCGCUCCGGUUCCAAAGAUGCUUGGAUUGUUACGAAAGCAUUGGGCUCCGGAGGCCUUUUGCGUCUCGUUCAAGCUGGAAACGGACGUGGACAUACUCCUCAAGAAAGCACGCUCGUCGCUUUGCAAGUAUGGCAUGCACGCGGUGGUCGCCAACGAGCUCGAAACGAGGAAGAACAAGGUCGUGGUUGUGACGAGAAAAGUAGAGAUGGUUUUGGAAAAGGGUGACUGCCCCGACAUAGAGUUGCCGCUGGUGAAUUGUCUGGUCGCCCGGCAGACCAUGUAUCUCCAGCAGCAACAAGCAUGAAUUUGGCAGCAGCACGAGAGCCUCGCGAUGUAGGCCAAGUCCACUCACUCGCGAGUUCUUCCUUGUCUCAA